AUGUCCGACUCAAUUCCUUUCCCACAUCCGAGUCCCAACGAAGAAUAUUCCGAAUUUCCUUUUCCAGAUAAUCAAAGCUUCGAGCGUGAAGCAGAUGGCCGAUACGAAGAGCUGCAGGCGCCUACGCCAACAACGCCAACAACGCCAACAACGCCCGAGCCCGAGCCCCGAAUCGAGGUACCGGAAGUAUCUGUACCUGAACUUCAACUUCACGAAGAGCCUCAAAUUGAACCUCGCAUCCGAUCCCCUCGCGUGCGAUUCCGCUCUUUAAGCCGUCUAGGUGAUCGAUACCUACACCCAUCAGAUUCCCAUCGAGUGUUCUCCGAAAAAUCAGACGCAUCCAAUCCCUUACUGCCGCCCGCGGAGUUGGCCAAUAUUCCCCUCCAUGCAUCCGGAACCGUCACCCCACCAGUCCCCGCACAUUCCCGCGCUGGUCGCAGCCCGAACAGAUCUGCCUUUUCGGAAAAAGAAAAAUAUGAGGACCCGGAUUCUGUCGAACGUACCAGUUCUGCGCGACACCGAUUUAGAGCUGCAGGUCAGCUCCUGCGCCAAAAAACGACUCGUUUGACUGAACGCCUCGGUCGCCCCGCAGAUGAUGGCGAGGCUUUGAGCGCCUCCCUCCUUCCCGAUGACUUUGAUGGUAUCCCUCUGGAGGAAUUACAGGCCCGUCGCGCCCGUCGCGAUGCUGAUGACCUGCGCGCACUGGAAGCGGGUGAACCACUUACCGAGCCUGCUCCCAGUGCGGAGGCUCAUCGCCUCGUGCGCAGCAUGACCAUGGUCCAGGACCGCUUGAAGCGCAAGCCUAGAGGCGCCUACCAGCGGUCUGGUCAGACCACCCCCGAAGGCUUGCUGCGAGACUACACCGCUGCCGCCCGUCGUCGAUCUAGCAAUUUCGGCGGCGGAGGUAGUGGUAUUUUAUCGCAGCUGUUGAAGUUGCAGGCCGUGCAGACGGGGGGCUCAUCGCGACCGGAGAGUGUUAUCACCGAUGACUCGGAUAGUGAAACUAUGUUCUCGUCGGGUGGUACCACCCCGAAGAAGGGCUCGCGGUCUCCGUCGAUGCUACCCUCCAUGCCUCCCUCUGGUGCGGCCACCCCGCGGAAAGAGAAGCUCAAGUGGCACAAGAAGUCCGCUCACCGGUCGACCUCGUCGUUGGUGAAAGCGUCGAUGAACUUGAGUUCCGCGAGCUUGCCGGCAGCUGUGGAUGCUAUGCCGGGUAAGGGGAAGAAGCAUAAGCGCAAGACGCGCUUGGAGGAUGAGAUUCGGGUUACCGUGCACAUCGCCGAGAUCAUCUCUCGCCAGCGUUAUAUUAUGCAGCUCUGUCGGGCGCUGAUGCGUUACGGUGCUCCUACCCAUCGAUUGGAGGAGUAUAUGCAAAUGACUGCGCGUGUGCUGGAGGUUUCCGGUCAAUUCCUCUAUCUUCCUGGUUGUAUGAUCAUGUCAUUUGAUGACCCCGCGACCCGAACCGCUGAGGUGAAGCUGGUGCGCAUGGUCCAGGGUGUGGAUCUUGGACGCCUCGCCGAUACUCACAACGUGUAUAAGAACGUCGUCCACGAUCUGAUCGGUGUGGAAGAGGCCAGUCAAGAACUGGACGAGAUCAUGCAGCGCAAGCCACGUUACAACAAGUGGUUGGUGGUAUUCCUGUAUGGUCUCGCCAGUGCUGCGGUCGGCCCUUUCGCAUUCGAAGCCCGCCCUAUCGAUAUGCCUAUGAUCUUCCUCCUUGGAUCCCUGGUCGGCUUCAUGCAACAUGUCCUAGCCCCCCGCAACGUCCUUUACUCCAACGUCUUCGAAGUCACCGCCGCAAUUCUAACUUCCUUCUUCGCUCGCGCCCUCGGCAGCAUCGAAGUAAACGGAAGCCGUCUCUUCUGCUUCUCCGCCCUCGCCCAAUCCUCUAUCGCCCUCAUCCUUCCCGGCUUCACAGUUCUCUGUAGCAGUCUGGAGCUACAAUCCCACCAAAUGAUCGCUGGUUCGAUCCGCAUGGUCUACGCAAUCAUCUACUCCCUCUUCCUCGGCUACGGUAUCACCGUCGGUAUCACAAUCUACGGCCUGAUGGACAGCAACGCCUCAUCCCAAACCUCCUGUCCAAACCUCGACGUCUACGGCUCCGUCUAUAUCCGCAAAUUCCCAUUCGUCGCCAUCUACUCGGUCUUCCUCGCCUUGGUUAACCACGCAAAGUGGAAACAGAUGCCUGUCAUGGUCUUCAUCGCCACAGCCGGCUACAUCGCAAACUACUUCAGUACCCUUAAAUUUGGCAGCUCCUCCGAAGUGGCCAAUACCGUCGGUGCUUUCACAGUCGGUAUCCUGGGAAAUCUCUACAGUCGUCUCUGGCACGGUCACGCCGCCACAGCCAUUCUACCGGGUAUCUUCGUACUCGUGCCCUCCGGUCUCGCAUCAAGUGGUUCCCUACUCUCAGGCCUCACCUAUGCCAACGAGGUCAUCGCCGGCGACACGUCAUCAUCCAACGCAUCCGAUACAUCCGUCUCUAGUCUUGGAUUCGGUAUGAUCCAGGUUGCCAUCGGCAUUACCGUUGGCUUGUUCAUUUCUGCUCUGAUCAUUUAUCCAUUCGGAAAGAAGCGCACUGGCUUGUUCAGCUUCUAA